UGCUCAAAUUAUCGUGCCGGUGGGAUGGAACGAUAAGAUGGCUCACUUUUUCCUGCCAUUGGCAUUGAUUACAGUGCGCGUGCUUAGUAUCGAUCUAGCGUUCGGCAGCAAUGCAGUGGACAAUUUUUCUCGUUUGUUUGGCGAUCGCCAUUCCGCACAUUCGGGCAGAUAGCGCCCAGUCGGAGGUGGUAGAUCGGGCACCGCGCCUGCUCGGCGGUACCAAUGCACCCUGGGGUCAGUUCCCGUCGGCCGUAUCGAUUAACACCACGUUCAAUCUGCACUGCGGCGGUGCGGUCGUUGAUCGGCAGCACGUACUGACCGCGGCCCAGUGCGUGUUCAACGCGAACCAGCGACUGAUCGACCCGUACUGGAUCACGGUUCGGGCGGGCGACAUUGCGCUUGCACCGGUCGGUGCCCGUCGGCAGACGCGCAAGGUGACGCAAAUCUUCGUCCAUCCGCAGUUCAACAUCCGGACGCUGGAGAAUGAUGUGGCCGUGCUGCGGUUGGACCGUCCGUACGAGCUGCCCUCCAACACGAUCAAUGUGGCCAACCGGACGCGCCGCAUUGUGCCGAACGGUGCCAACUGUCAGUUUGCCGGUUGGGGUGCGUCGGCGACUGCGGUCAACGCACCGGUCAACGUGCUGCAGCGCUUCCUGCCGAUGACGGUGAACGAUCGGGACACGUGCAAUCAGGCCACGAUGCAUGCCGGGCGGGUGCAGGAAAGCCAACUGUGCGCUGGCAACACGGGCGCCUCGAACAAUGCGGCACCGUGCAACGGUAAUGCUGGCACCGGGCUGUACUGCGAGCGGGUCCUCGUCGGUACGCUGUCGUUCGGUAUCAACUGUGGCAUUGCCAACAAUCCGCCGAUAUUUACGCAGGUGCGGUUCUACAACGAUUGGAUCGAUCGGCAGUUUAACCAGACGGUGGGUUUGCCGGCUGGGUGGACUCCGGCGGUGCUGUAAUGGGUUGACGAAGUUGGAGAACAAUAAAGGUGAUCAAGCUGAAGUUCUGCACUGUA